GAGAGAGAGAGAGUAGCAAGCGAGCUAGCAAAAAUGUCUGGUACGGCAUUUCCCUGGGACAAGAACAAGCGUCGAGGUUCGUCAUCCACAUUAUGGGAUGUGGUGCGGACUUUGGUUGCAGCGAUGAUGGUUUUGAUGGUCGUGCGAUGGUGGUGCUUCGGCGCUGUCCUCCCGUUCAGCUUUCACUCGGGGCUGCCAUCGCCGAAACGUCUUCUCUGGUCUCAACAGACCCUUGCUCCUGUUUCCACGAAAGCCUUUGGAAUGGCCGAGAGGAAUCCAAGGGUGCUGAUGAUCUCUGCGAGUCAGGCGUUCUGCGGAACCUCUCUCGGUGACAACAACAUCAUGAAGUCGCUGAAGAACAAGGCCGAUUACGCACGUCGCCAUGGUAUGGACACGUGGUUCUCUCUCGAGUUGCUUGUGGACCCGGCCUAUCAUCGCUUGCGCAACAAGAUCCUACUCAUCCGCCACGUGUUGCGCACUCAGCGCAACUACGAUUGGUACAUCUGGAUCGACUCCGACGCGAUGAUCACGGACAUGAACUUCCGUAUUCCUUGGGAGCAGUACCGAGGCUACAGCCUCGUUAUGUGGGGCGACGGCCCGAGCCUCGACACCGAACCUCACUUCACUCGCUCUCUUAACACCGGCGUCGUCUUUUAUAGGAACGACUAUUACUCGCGCAACUUCCUCGACGAGAUGGUUAAGUUAUGGGACAGCAAUCCUAAUCAGACGGAGCUGCAUUCCAAGGUCACGGGGUACAUCAAGGGCAUGACAUCUUUUCUGUGCGAUCAGGCUACGGUUCUGUACCUCCUCGUCACUCAGAAAGAGCAAUGGAUUAACCGAGUGUAUCUUGAGGAACGCUUUCAUAUCAAUCGGUACUGGAAGCCGUCUGCAUUCGAAUUAGACUCCUUCAUGGAACCUGACGCGUGGAAAGGCGAUGGCAACAGUCCCCCUUUCGUUGUGCACUUCUGUGGCUGUUCGCUCUGCUUCAAGAAGUUUACGGACGAUUUUGAGGAGUGCCAGCGGCAGCAUGAAAGAGCAUUCAACUUCGCCAACAACCAGAUCAUCAGAGAAUUCGGAUUCAUGCAUCGGAACUUGUCGUCAUCGGAGGUUGUACCAAUCCAUUCGGCCCAGACAGCACAAGGAUGAUAUCCUUCGGCUUAUAUCUUGUA